CCGGAUGCACUUUUGGCAGCUGAUUUUGUUUUGCCUCUCCUGCUCCAUGCCCGUCCACUCGCCCCACCCUCAGGUGCCCGUGUGUUUUAUUACCCAGAGUGCACAGAGAGAGAGAGAGAGAGACACACAGAGAGAGAGCUGCACACCGAGAGGCGCGUCAUGAUGAUGGCUGGUUGUACGGCCGGUGUGCAGGAGGAGGUGCAGGCGGGAUGCUGAACAAAACGUGCACAUCUGACAAUAAUAAGUAGGAUGGAGGUAUAACCAGCCAAACAUCAACAUGCAAGAGUCCGGACGCAUCCACCGUGACCGCCUGCUGUCCUGACAGCCAGCCGGUGUCUGCACCGUGACGGAGACUGUCCUCGGUACAUCUAUCCGUCCAUUCGUCCGUCCUGCAGGCUGCCUGCUGGGUCAGUCAGUCUGUGUCCGGACCACUAAAACCACCUUCGCCUUUAUGUGACAAACCCUGUCGCGUUGAUUGAGACAAACAGAGACCGAUGCUGUUCCCCUCUGUGGAUGUGUGAGAUCAACCUUUAGGGUUCACCUUGGAGAGAAAAAACGCAUGAAAAGGUUGAUGGAUCGCAUGCAGCAGAAACAAAUCGGCGCUGACCCCUGUGGGCCCAAAGUGCAACCUGGACCCUGUGCGUUGAUCGGAGUCGGUCCGGUUUUACCUCCGCAGCUCGCCAUCCAGGAGCCGCCUCUCAUCAACCCGUCAGAGGUGCUCAAGAAACAGUCUGGAUCGAGCCCCGUGCAGGUUGAAGUUGCACCUGUGAAAGGGAAGGACCAAAUGCAGUCGGGGCAGCCAAAGUCUUGGACCCAUCCAGCGACGCUGGUGAGCAUAAGCCGGCCGAGACCGACCGCUCUCGGGACUAAACCUGCUCCAAAGUCGGCCAGGAUCUCAGUGGACCCCUCCAAGGAAAUCGAUUUGAUCCCAGUUUGUAUCCCAGGACCUCAGAGUGCCAACGUCCUGUCGCAUUCCCCGACGGAGUCCUCCGUCUGCCGUCACAGUCCUCAGAGUCCUCGCAGCCCUCAGUCUUACACCAGCCAGCCUUACCUGAGCCCCAAUCCUGGUCUGGCUUCCAGCCUCAGCCCCAAACCCUGUAGCCUCAGUCCUCAGCCACAGAGGACCUCCUCACCUGGGAGCUCCACGCAGGGCCAAGAGCAGUCCGAGAAGCCAGCAGGAGGGAACAAUGACUUCAGGGUGUACAUCGUCACGUGGAACGUGGGAUCAGCCGUCCCGCCAGAUGACAUCACUUCUCUGUUCGGACCAAAUGUUUCAGAUGGGAGCGUUGACAUGUUCAUCAUCGGACUCCAGGAAGUUAACUCCAUGAUAAACAAGCGGCUGAAGGAGGCUCUUUUCUCAGACCAGUGGAGUGAGCUUUGCAUGGACACACUCAGUCCUUUUGGAUAUGUUUUGGUGGCGUCUCAGCGUAUGCAAGGCGUGCUGCUGCUGGUUUUCUCUAAAUUCUGCCAUCUCCCGUUCCUCAGAGGCGUGCAGACCGAGAGUACGCGCACAGGACUUGGGGGAUAUUGGGGGAAUAAAGGGGGUGUCAGCGCGAGGAUGACCAUGUUUGGCCACCCGGUGUGCUUCCUCAACUGUCACCUGCCAGCUCACAUGAGGAACCUGGAGCAGCGGGUGGAGGACUUUGAAAGCAUCCUGCAGCAGCAGCAGUUUGAAGGAGGCACUGCCACUGGUGUACUGGACCACGAUGUCGUUUUUUGGUUUGGAGAUUUAAAUUUCCGUAUUGAAGACUAUGACAUCCAUGUGGUGAAAUGUGCCAUCGACAGCAAUAAGCUGCCUCUUCUGUGGGAGCGAGAUCAGCUCAACAUGGCUAAAAUCACUGAGUCCAUCCUUGACGGCUUCAUUGAGGGACCUCUCAAAUUCCCACCCACGUAUAAGUUUGAUGUGGGCACUCACACGUACGACACCAGCGCAAAGAAGAGGAAACCUGCCUGGACGGAUCGCAUCCUCUGGCGCCCUCGUCGUACCGGCUCCCCAGUUCCUACCCACAAUGCAGCACUGCAGCGGGGUCUGACUUCGUGGUUGGGUGGGGCGACCAAAGUGACUCAGCACGUGUACCGAAGUCACAUGGGCUACACCAUCAGCGACCACAAACCUGUUUCUGCCGUGUUUUCGCUGCAUUUCCCAUUCAAGGUGGAUAUGCCCCUGGUGGAGCUGCAGGUAAACAAAGAGUGGUGUAAAGUCUCAGAUGCUACAGCGAGAUUCACUGUUGCAUCGACCUAUCAGCGCAGCUCAUGGGACUGGGUAGCAAUAUACAAGGUUGGAUUCAGACAUCACAAAGAUUACCAGGCAUACAUAUGGGCCAAGGGAGAGCAUGCAACACAGGUGACGUUUUCAGAGGAGGAUUUGCCGAGAGAUGAUUGUGAAUACAUCCUGGGUUACUACAGUAAUAAUAUGAACAGCAUUGUUGGACUGUCGACGCCAAUUCAGAUCAAGAUACCAGUCCACAGCCCCACCGCGCAACGCUCCGACAGCUCAGACGUCAGCUCAGAAGACGACAGCACUCUGGUUCUGCUGGCUCCAAACUCCCGCAGCCCGAGCCCUAAAAAUGGCAAGCACCACCACCACCGCCACCGUCGUAGCCGCAGCCCCGCUGUCCCUGCCCUUUCCUCCAACCCCCUCCCCUCCCUGCAGGGCCUCAGCCUCUGUCCUCGCUCCAAAGAAGGUCAGGCUCGGAGCCGCUCGCCCUGCUCUGCUGCUAAGAAGGAGCGACUGGUCUCUCCCGACAUUGUGGCGUCCCCCACCCUCAGCCCGCUCAGUCCCCGCAGCCCUGUGUCUCCAGGCGGUGGGGUGACUGCGCCGGAGGCCCUGAUCGCUGCCAUCUUAGGUGAACACAGACCAGCUCAGGUUAGCCCCACGGGGUUCAAACAGAUAGGGAAGACAGGGGAAACAGACACUAGAAUAUAAUAGCUAAAAAGGAGGUGCUGUACAAGGAGAAUGACGGCAAUAUCCAUGCAUUCAGCAUCUGAUCUGUUCCCACAGUCACUGUGCUCGUAGAAACAGCACAUUUAAUGACUCUUAAUGUAGUUUGCAAACAUUCCACAUUGUAGCCCUGCAGUUCUCUGAAUCAUCUCAUACACUGUGUGUAUCUCGGGGUCAAAGAUGUGUCCAGACUCCCGACGACAAGUGCUUUUAUAGACUCAUAAGCUAUAUCAUAAGUUAAAGGUAUAAUAUGUAACCAUUGUUAGUUCCUGUUUGUAAACACGCCGCAUUCAAACACAGCUCAACGAACCGAGAGGGCGAGAGAGAGCAGCGAUGGUCGAGCGAGCUAUAGAGUGACUAAAGAGAGAGAGCGGCGUUAGUGAGAACAAAGCAGCGAAUCAGAGAAAUUAAACUUUAUUUUCUGAUUGUUUCCCGGCGGUUACGUUCUAAAAUAAACAACUAACUCUGCACAACUCUGCGGGAAGGUGCAGAGUUGCCGGAUUUUGAAUGAAUGCAGGCUUCCUGUCUGCUGGCUGUGGCUCAGCGCUGCUCUCGUCAACCUACAGACACACCGAUCAAAGCUGCACUCACAGCACAGAAAGGAACCGGGGGAUCACUGGAACACAUGCACAUAACAGCGUGGACACACAUACAACGUCAGGAGCGCUUGGCAGCUGCGUGGCGUGUUGUUUUUUAUUUCGGCGUCCAUGCUAACAGGUUAGAGCAGCCACACUGCCGGUCAGAGGUCUGGCCUAUAUUUGACGCGAGCUGCGCGUCUCACAGCAGCAACAGACAGUGAAGGUGAUCUAUUGACAGUAUAUGGACAUCAUAUCAGCUACAUUACUACAGUUUCAAUGUCUAGACAUCUGUAGAAUAUGUCACAG